GCUGGGAUAGGCAGUGUUGGGUGGUUCGGAAUUGGUGGAAUCCUUGUCCAAAUCUUGAGGGUGGCGAAGUCAUUUGCUUUGGAGGGUGUUUUUCACAUCCGCUGUUGUUGCUGUUGUGCUGCGGACGUCAAUGAAACUCUGCAAUGAUGGAAUCUGUGGACAUUUUGGGUCUGGAGGUUUCAUCAUCUGGAAUAUCACAGGAUGGCAAGAUGACUAUCUGUUUUUUGAACUUCUGCCAAUGGCUAUGCUUGGCGUGAUGGGUGGCCUCUUGGGGGCUAUGUUCAAUCAACUCACGUGGUAUGUGACAUCCUGGAGAAGAUGCUACCUUCACAAGAAGGGUGAUCGCGUCAAGGUGAUCGAGGCGUUGCUGAUUUCACUGUUGACGUCAGUGCUAUCGUUUUGUCUUCCUUUGAUGAAGCAAUGCACUCCCUGUCCGGAGGGGGCAGCUCACUGCCCUAGGCCAUCCCUGGACUACGACAAUUUUGUUGAUUUUCACUGCUCAGCGAGUAAUGAAUAUAACGACCUUGGAACUAUCUUCUUCAACACCCAGGAUGAUGCUAUCCGGAAUUUGUUCAGUUCAAAGACUCAACACGAGUAUAGUUCAGAGACGCUCCUUAUUUUCUUUGUAGUGUUUUACUUGCUUGCUGUCGUCACGUAUGGAAUAAAUGUCCCAUCCGGACAGUUCGUCCCUGGCAUUCUUCUUGGUGCAACAUAUGGGCGCCUUAUUGGGAUGCUUAUGGUGAAGAUGUACAAUAUUGACGAGGGCACGUAUGUAUGUCAAUUAAUGCAGUCCUUUGCUGUCCUGGCCAUUCCCUUUCUUCAACCGAGCAGUUAUUGGUGAUCCGUCUAGAGUGCUCUCAACAUUCUGUCCGAUAUCCACAACUGUUGCCUUCAUCGCUCAUUUUCUUUUUUUCCUUUUUUUUGUAAUGACCCGCCAAAACACAGACUGAGAACACUGCUGAUUUCUGAGUUCUGCCACUGGAAUGGAUGCCUUGCAGAGAUUCCCGCAUUCUGUUGAGUUUUCUAAGUCAGUGUGUGUGUGUAUGCUUGAUGGUCUGCUUGCCUGUCUGAGCGCUGGUCGGCCUGAGUGUGUGUGUGACAGGCAAGGGUACUUGCUUGUUUGGAGGCCCGUAGGCCCGGUACUUACCUGUGGCCGUGACAUUGAGGGUUGCAGCGGGGGGGAAAACAAUCAAGUGGCGGGGCACGA